CGCCGCGCUCCGUCCGCCGGCCCCAGCACAAGAUGGCGGCGCCCAGCGCGGGGAGGAGCGGCGGCGGCGGCGGCGGCGCGGGCUGGUGGGGCGCGCUGCUGCUGGCGGCCGUAGCGCUGGGGCCGGCGCAGGCGGUGUCCGAGCCGCUGACGGUGCCGUUCGACGUGCGGCCCGGCGGCGUGGUGCACGCCUUCUCCCAGCACGCGGGCCCCGGGGACAGGUUCACCUGCACGUUCACUUACGCUUCUCAGGGAGGCACCAACGAGGAGUGGCAGAUGAGUGUGGGGACCAGCGAGGACAGCCAACACUUCACCUGCACCAUCUGGAGGCCGCAGGGCAAGUCCUACCUGUACUUCACACAGUUCAAGGCCGAGGUCCAGGGCGCCGAGAUCGAGUACGCCAUGGCCUACGCUCAGGCUGCCUUCGGGCGAGAGAGCGACAUCCCCUUGAAGAGCGAGGAGUUUGACGUCAGCAAAACAACAGUGACCCACCGGCCGGGCACCUUCAAGGCCGAGCUGUCCAAGCUGGUGAUCGUGGCCAAGGCCACCCACAGCGAGCUGUGACCGUGACCCCCCAGCAUCCUGGCUCCCCUGGAGGCUCGGGGCCCCCGACUGCUUCUCCAGGGGGCAGGGCCCCUACACCCUCUGGCCCGGCCCGGGGGUCCCCGCCUGCCCGUUUGGCACCCGUGAGCACUGAGGACCAGACCCCUCAGCUUUAGUUGGUGUCGGGGCGCCAGAGACUCGGGGUGCCAGCCGGGGGGGCCAAGACCUCAGAACAACCACCCCCUUUCUGACACCCCCCCCACCCCUGGCACCUCAUUCUGGGACCAGCAGGGGAAGACAGUGUCCCUUCGCCCUAUUUUAAUAAAAGACCUUGAAAGGGA